GCUGCCUCAUCUGGUUGGCACAAACUUUCCUCCCGGGACGCAGCACGCUGUCUCCUGGAGCCCGCGUUCGCACCGUCUACUCCGCGGGUUGUGAGCGCUGCUAAAAUGGGUUGUGGAUUGAACAAGUUAGAGAAACGUGAUGAAAAGCGGCCUGGAAAUAUUUAUUCAACUUUGAAGAGGCCUCAGGUGGAAACCAAGAUUGAUGUGUCCUAUGAAUACCGCUUCCUGGAGUUCACGACACUGAGCGCCACGGAGCUCCCAAGGUCCUCAGCGGUGAGGCUGGCUUCCCUGCGGGACCUGCCUGCCCAGCUCUUGGAGCUCUACCAGCAGGGCUUCUCACUGGCUGCCCUGCACCCCUUCGUGCAGCCGACCCAUGAGCGAGAGAAGACACCCCUUGAGCACAUCUUCAGGGCCAUCCUGGUCAAGAAAACUGAAAGAUCUCAGAAAAAUGAUCUUCACAAUGAAGGCUACAUCUUGGAAUUAGAUUGCUGUUCUUCUUUAAACCACUUGACAGACCAGAAAAUCAUCCCAGAGUUCAUAAAGAAGAUCCAGGAGGCCGCAAGCCAGGGCCUGAAAUUCGUUGGUGUUAUACCCCAGUACCAUUCCCCUGCAAACUCAGCAGGCAGCAGCCCUUUGAUCCAGCCUUCUGCCAAUAGUGCUGAGGAUCCAAGAGAUUCGAGAAAUGUGCCAGGCCAGUGUGGGGAUCACACCUCGCUGGAUAAUGAGAACCCCAGGGCUGUGGAUGUGUGCAGCACACAGGCAGGGACAGACAGAAGCCAAGAGCCUGGCACUGGUCCAAGAGAACAGGUGCUCAUGGCUGAGAAGCCCGGCCUACACUCAGAGGGCGAUGGUGGAGAGUUGUUAUCACAGCGGAUGAGUAAGACACUGGAUGGACGGGAUGGUGACUCGUUGGAAGGGCCUGAAGAGGCACUCUUGGGAAAAAUGGAGAUCUUUGCCCUGUUCAAUAAACCGAAGAGCCAGCAGAAGUGUCGGCAGUACUAUCCUGUGACCAUUCCUCUCCGGGUCUCCAAGAAUGGUCAGACAGUGAGCAGUUUGGACGCCAACUGGUUGGAGCACAUGAGUGACCACUUCCGGAAAGGAGGCGUGCUGGUGAACGCGGUCUUCUACCUUGGGAUGGUGAAUGAUUCCUUACAUGGCUUGACAGAUGGAGUAUUCAUCUUUGAAGCUGUUUCCACAGAAGAUAGCAAAACCAUACAGGGCUAUGAUGCUAUUGUUGUUGAACAAUGGACAGUCCUGGAAGGUGUCGAGGUGCAGACAGACUAUGUGCCCCUGCUGAACUCACUGGCAGCCUAUGGCUGGCAACUCACCUGUGUGCUACCAACUCCUGUCAUCAAGACAACCAGGGAGGGGAAUGUAUCCACCAAGCAGAUUGUCUUUCUUCAGAGACCAUGUCUACCUCAGAAAAUCAAGAAGAAGGAAUCAAAGUUUCAGUGGCGAUUCUCCCGAGAAGAAAUGAACAACAGGCAAAUGAGGAAAUCCAAAGGUAAACUCAGUGCCAGAGACAAACAACAGACAGAAGAGAAUGAGAAGGACUUGGAAGACCAGUGUUCCAAAUCUGGAGACGUGGGAAACUGUGUGCUAGGUCGGCAUCAGGAAGAUGGGAUCCGAGGGGAGGAGGAGAACGUAGCCUCUGAGGAGAUGGGCAUCUCUGUUCAAGAGGUCAAGGGAGACAAGCUGUGUCCUGUUGGUGGGCUUGGUGGUGGGAGUGUGGGAGGCACCAUGCAGAACGGCCCUGCUGCCCCCAGCAGGGCCCCGGUGGGGGGCUGCACUGUGCCCUCUGAUCCUGAAGAGCAUGGCCAGGACGGCAGUCUUGAGGAAGUCCCUGGAGAGCCCGCUACACCAGAGGACAACUGA